AUGGAUUAUUUGCUAGAUGAAUGCUUCCUGGAAAAUUCUCUAGAUGAAUACUUCCUGGAACACCCUCUAGAUGAACGCUUUCUGGAACACUCUCUAGAUGAAUACUUCCUGGAACACCCUCUAGAUGAACGCUUUCUGGAACACUCUCUAGAUGAAUACUUCCUGGAACACCCUCUAGAUGAACGCUUUCUGGAACACUCUCUAGAUGAAUACUUCCUGGAACACCCUCUAGAUGAACGCUUUCUGGAACACUCUCUAGAUGAAAACUUCCUGGAACACCCUCUAGAUGAACGCUUUCUGGAACACUCUCUAGAUGAAUACUUCCUGGAACACCUUCUAGCUAAAUGA